UGUAACCGUCAUCGGAUCGUACGAGUCGGCUGAUAUAUACGGUUUUAUUAGAAGUGGUAAAUGGUACGUCGACUCCGUUAGGCUUACUUCUGCACUGAUAUUUCCAACCAAAGAAAUGAUGGGUUUGGAAACAAGAAUUUGGUCUUCGUGUAAGGCGAGAUGA